CAAUUUCCAGCGCCAACUUGCGAAGCCACAUCCACGCUACAUAAUCUUCACUGUAAUAAAUACAUAGUGGUUAGCUUAGUUUUUCUUUGCUAUCGGUAAAAACAGGUGGCUGGUCGGCUUAACACUCACAGCUGAGGAAGAAGGUCGGUUUCAAUUGCCGUGCAACUCAAAGAAUACAGUUUUACAACUGUGGAGAUUGAUGUCGGUAAACGUGAACGUGAAUGUCGUGCAUCUGAUUUACGUUUUCCUUUUCGUUCGCGACUUCUGUGACGGACUUCUUUAGCGGAUAAAAUGCGGCGAGGCAGGACACAUCCUUCGGUUUGGAGUUUCUGUCUCCGAAGAAGUGUGGCAUCGGUUCGAGAGUUGCAUAAAGAAAUCUUUUAGUCGCUUUCAAGUUGAAGAUAUCAGAUGCCAACAUCGGUUCGUUCACUCCUGAUCUUCCUGUUCGUCCAUACUUCACCGGCAUUUAUUUGCGCGCAAAUCAUUUACGGCCAAGUUCAAAUAUUAACUUAAGCGACUUUAUUCACCACCAGUUUCUCUGCUUUAUUCAGGUCCUCUCUUUCAAAUAGAAGCUAAACAAGAAGUAGAGGAACCCUCAGGCUUUUUGUUUUUUGUACAAUAAACCAACACGAUUCUCUUAAUUUUCCUGCAACAAAACCACUCGUUGUCAGUGCCUUUUGUUCUUUUGUGAUUCUCCUUACCCCUGCUCGUGGCGCGAAAAAGCAUGGAAGCUACAACUGAAGAACAAGUUGCUGACGUCAUGCAGCAGGUGGCUCACGACGAAUCUGCGCCUGCCAUCGAAGGUGUACACGCGGCCCCGCCAGGACGCAGGAGCAGGAGCUCCGCUAAGACGGUUUCCACGCUUGGUGCAGCGGAUGAGGAAGUUGACAGCUACCUACCGCGGUCCUUCGUUUGCUUCACUUGCCGCGGAUACAACGGAAUUGCGCUAACCCUGCUCUCCAUCGCCUCCUUUUGCCACUUCAUCUCCAUUCUGUGUUGGCAAGGCCACUUGAAUGUGACUGAAACGCUAUCCGAUUGUGAAAGACUGAGACUAGAGGUAUCACCAUCUUGGCCGGCAUCGAAAGAACUUGCAGCCUGCAUUACCUUUUCUCCCUUGCACCACCAGCGCACUCUCUCUAGUACUUUACGCAUUACAUCAGCAUAGAUGUACAACUAGAAUAACCUUUUGAUGGCGCUCAGAUAGAUGGCGAUAAAAAAGAUUUCCGUUGCAUAGACCUGGUGGACGGGAGCGACGUAUGCGAGCAAGGAGUACAGCUAUCCGCUGAGCUACGGCCGCGUGGUGCUGGGAGGCAGUGUUGAGAACAGCGAUUCCGAUGCGGAGUACGGGUCGCAGUUGGACUUUAUGCAGCAGCGAAACUUCUACGAAACCCGCGUGUCUGAGCUCUACGGAAUCGACUCGGCCGGGGCCCAGUACGUGGCCGAGCACCUGGACAGCUACUGGUUCGAAAAGCAAAUCGGCACCAAGCAGAACGAUGGGGACGAGGUUUGCGCCACCGCUACCGGUUUGUUCUUCGCCGGAUUCGUGUUUUAUGCAAGGAGAAAUUUUCUUGAUGUUCACCGUGAUUGCAUAUCACAAUAUCUAUCACCUAUUCGCAUUUCUCUGAGUGACGAGACCGCGAGGUCGGAACACUGCUAGGCCUAGGGUGGCGUCUCUCGUCGAUGCAUUCGCGUCAUUGGAGCUCCCGGGGGUCGAGGUUGUUGUAUAAAAUGUGAGCGGAACAACAAAAAAUUUUCCAAUUUGCAUACGUUCGACAUUUUGUGCACCGCGUUCAUCGCGCUUGCGAUGUGGAAAAACUACCACCCGAAGGACGACGUCGAGACGCCGAACUCGCACCGCAGCAAGAUCGCGGUGGCGGUGCUGACCGUCUUGCUGCUGGGGGGCUUCGCCUGCGCGGUCGCCAGUCUCGGCUCGUGGCAGCGGUGCUGGGACAAGGUGGAGCUGGCGUUCAAGUACCACAUCAAGGAAACCACGACCAAGUGCGACAAAAACUUGAACGCCGCGUGGUGCACCGAGCUGGGCAUGGGCACGGAGGAGUACACGACGGCCUCCACCACGUGGACCUGGGGAAAAAACUGCCCCGCAGGCGGUUACAAGUGCACCCACAUCACCAGCGUCAACGGUGCGGAGCCCGAUGCCGGGUACAUUUUUCAGUGCCUGGCCUGCACAUUCAUGAUCCUGGGCACCGUAGUUGCCGUCGUGGCUGCGUUUCACCCGCCCGACUGGGGACCGACGCAAGAAGAUGCCUACGAUUUCCCGGCAACCGGAAACAACCAACCGGGGUUCGGCACCUCCCCAGCGUUCCAGCAAACCGGCGGAGUCAUGGACCACUACGACUACUACCCGGCGCAGGAAGGCAGCCGCCGUGCUUCACAGCGGUACGAGCCAGGGCGCGCGUCAUCGGCUGGCAGGAAGUCGCGCUCCCCGCGGAACCGUGCGCAGGAAAUGGAGCUCUUCCCGCAGCACGCAGCCGUGCGAGCAAACUCCUCGCAAUUCAGGUGACCAUUUCUUGGAGGUAAUCAUGCUCAUGCAGUUUUUGCUACUGAACAUGUUCCGCGCCACCACUGGAGCUAAGUGGCGGAGGAACAACUCUGGUUCAUCAAUCUGAAGUUUGUACCUGUGAGGUUCGGUCUGGUUCAUGCCUUGUUUGAGAUGCUUUAUUCUACUGUUUAUUUCUUUUCUCCUACUUCUGCAUCAAAACCAACACCAACAACGCUUUUCUUCAGGUGAGUAAACCUUUGUAAAGUAUUUGUUUUUGUUGACUGACUUUGAGCUAUAAAUCCUUCGUAUUAACUUGUAUCGUGCGGUAUUUUUUCAUUUGUAUUUGAGGUAGGGCUUGCUAGGUUUCUAUGUUUCCAAGCAGCUGCAGCUGCUCAGUCGAAUCGGUCUGGCAUUUAAUCGCAAGGCCUCCUGUACUUUUCGCCCCUUACAUACCGACGAUUGACUCCUGAUUGCUACUGUAUUUUUUACAACCUCUACUGACAGAGUCGAGUUACAGAUUGUUGUACGACUACGACGCAAAUAAGUACGCGCACCUCGUUUCUCAUAUUCAUCGUGUUGCAAGGAACAGGAAAUAUCAUAAACUCUUACUCUACUUUCUGUAGCAUCAACAUCUUCUGUAGUUCUUUGAUAAGAGCCUAGUACAAU